CGGCGGGCUCCAGGGGCUGCCGGGGGGCCCGGCGGGGCGCGGGCCCGGCUCCGGGCGGGCAGCGGACGGGGCGCGGGGCCGGGGAGCAUCCCCGCGCCCGCCGGGCUCCGGCCUGACACCGGGCACGGCUCGUCACACGCUGGGCCGUGCCAAACCGCCCCGGGCUGGGAGGCCCAUCCGGCGCCAGCCCUCCCACGGCCGAGGCGGCGUUUCCUCUCCCUGCGCCCGGCGUGCGCACAGGCGCAGCGGCACAGACACCGGCGGGCGAGAAAAGGCUCCGGAAGGAAAUGGAGAAAGCAAGACUAAGCUGGCAGGUGGAGAGCAGGAGGGGCCGCGGUCACCUCCGCCCCGGUGCGGGGUGCCAAGGGGCAUCUGGGGGUCCCCACCUCGCUGGGGUGCCCGGCUGCGCUGCCACCACCGGGCUGCUCUACUUCAUCACCCGGGGAAACUGAGGCACGGCGGCCGCGGCUUCGCGCGGAGCCCCUCGCCCUCCCGGGGAGGGGAGCGCUCCCCCCCGCCGCGGCCGGGAUGACACCAGCUCCCCAUCCUCCUCCCGCUCCACCCUGUUCCUGCAGGAACCCGGGAGUCCGGGCUCCGGGCAGGCAGCCAGGGCCUCCCUCCUGCCUGCACCGCCCGCCCUGCCUGCUCCGGCCCCGGCCCCGCAUCCCUGCCCGCCGGCACACACCUUCCCCCCGUGUCAGCGCGACCUUGGAGCGCGGCCGCGGCCGCUCCGUGCCAAACUCGGCGGCGAUGCCCACGGCACAGCCGGGGGUGACGGCUCGGCGGGAAGGGGGAUUUUUCCCCCGUUUGUUUAUUCGUUGGGUGGGUUUUUUCCCUCGCUGGAGACAAAGGCAGGCUGUGUGCCCGGGCGCGGGGUCCGGGGGUGCCGGCGGUGCCGGGACCCCGCGGCGAUGCCGGGCCAGCCGCGCCGGGGGCUCUGGGUGGCCGGUUUCCUCCGCACACAGAUGGCUGUUUCGACUCAGUCGAGCGCUUGACCUAAAUCUCCUCCUGAUCCACGGGAGCUGCAGUCCCUCAGCAGCACAGCUCAAGGCAAGGAGGAGGAGGAGGAGGAUGAAGGGGGGGACCGCGGCCAGCUGCGGACUGGCGGGAGGGUCGUGCCGGAGGGCCCCCACCCCGGGUUUGGCAGCGGGGCCGGCGGAGGCGGCAGUGGAGGGAAGGAGGGAGGGAAAAGGGGGGGUGGAAAAAUAAAAAAAAAGUCUCCCACGCUUCGAGCUCCAGCGCCUGCGUGCUGCACCCACCGGGACGGGGCAACCGCCCCGCCGGGCUCGACGCCCCGGCAGACCACUUCCUCGGAGAGGGGCCCGGCGGAGGAAGCUCCAACGGCUCGAAAGUUUCGCCUGUGACUCAACCGCUGGCUGGGGCUCCGCGCUCCCGGCCCCAGGGACAUGGGGACAUCUCGACACCCGGCCAGCGCCACUGCGGCACUCCCAGCUUGGACCCCCUCCCGCUCGCGGAUGCAGAAGGAUGAUGCUGCGACCGGCUCUGCCCACCCUGGGGUGCCCCCGAAUCCUCCGAGACUCUGCACUCCCAGCCCCAGGGACACGGAGACAUCUCAACACCCAGCCGGUGCCUCCACUGGCUUGCAUCCCUCUCCCACCCUGGGAUGCUGAGGGGCUAAUGGGAUGCGGAUGCAUUAUUCCAUUCCACAUGCUGCUAAUGAACCACUCAGGCCAGUGCAUUUGCAUUAAUGUGCAAAGCACUGGAGGAGGGUGGAGUGGCUGCAUCUGGCCAAGGCUGACCUUCCCUGCACCGCCCAGCCUCCCCAAGCCGCGUCGCGCUCCCGCCGCUCUCCCACCACCCGCCGGACCCAGGAACUCCUCGGGAUGGCCCCGACCCACAUUCCAGGACACCAGGACACCGAGCCGCCUCAUACUCGCUGCCCACGCUGUCCCCUUCCCGUACCGUGCCUGGCCAACUCCACCACCCCUUCCCACACGGAUCAUGGAUGACGCCCCCCGCCAGUGCCCCUCUCUGCACCCUGUCCCCAGUGCACAAGUGACCACAGCAUUCCUCCUGCACUCUUCCCUGCUCCCCAAAAAGCGAUCACUCCUGCCUCCUGCACGGAAACCUGCUCGGCAUGUCUGUCCUCCCUGGUUACUUGUCCUGGGACCUCCCAGCACCAGCCCAGAGCUCCCUUCCAGCAGCCCAGGGGAGCAGGGGGCCCUCUCCAAGCCCCCCCACCCCAGAGCUGGCAGGCAGCGCCGGGCGCGGGCGUCACUGGAGCCCUUGGGUUGUUUGUUACGGCUCCCAACUGCCGCUGUCCCCGGAGAGGUUUCGAAGGCGAGUGACCCACGAACUGGAAUGCGCAAAGCCUCCAGCAAACAGAGCCAGCUGCCUGCGCCCGCGCAGGGGGGGUGGCGAGGGGAGAGCAGCCGGCCCCGCACGGCACGGCACAGCACGGCACGGCACAGCCCCGACACAACUGCACGGCCCUGAUGUCCUCCCAAAGUGGGCAACCACCUGGCUGAGGCGAGAUAAGAGCAGCACAUUGGUCUUGUCAAGUCCCCAGUGUCAUCAGCUAUCGUCAAGGUCCCCAGGCCCCCAUGUCCCACUUCCUCCCUUCCUCCCAGCCUGUUAUUUGGCAGCACAUGGCCUCCCAGAGCCGUGCUGGGAUCGUGCUUCUGUCUGCCAGACGCGAGUCCUCGGGCGGCCGAAGGACCUUUAGGACACGGGACAGCACGGUGGCAGCGCCAGACCCCUGGCCUUGGUCCUUGCCAGCUCCCCAGGUGCGGGGGGCUCCCGCUGGAACCAGUGUGGAUGAGCAGGGCCCUGCCUACCCCGGGUGGGCACGGCAGGGUCUCAGCAGCUCCGUGCCCGGUGCGAAGCCCCACGCUGGAGCGCGUGCACGCGGGUGUCUGGGUCUGUCACAGCCCGGUGAGCAAGUUAAUCUCGGGCUCCCUGACACGUGGAAUAAAAUCGCGAUCCCAUAAUGGAAUUCAUUCGUCUUCCUGUCCAGGCAAAGAACAAGCCCUCCACUGCCCGCUGGGGCUGGGGCUGGGCCAGGCCAAGGUGGCCAGUGCCCAGCUCCCAGCUGGGGGUCCCUGCCUGCGCCCACCCUCCUCCCUGCCACGGGGCCAGGCCGGCACUGGAGCGAUGCUCCUGCGAGCGCAGACCCAGAAAGGAGCCCAACACUGGGUGCUGCAGAGCGCUCCCUUCCCAGGGGACACCAGCCACGUCGCCGGGGGCAGCUGGGGUCACCAGGGAGGGUUGAGCUCCGCCAGGGUGAUCUGGGCUCCCGUCCUGCUGGACACAGGCACAGCACUCAUGAGGGGGGAAAGGGAAACUGAGGCAGGUGGCAGUUUUGGGAGAGGGCGAUCCAGGUGGCAUGAAGGGGACAGGGGAAAAUGUCCCUCUGUCCUUGUGUCUUUCUGUCCCUGCUGCUCCUUCUCUACUGCAAGUGCCUUGGCCAGGCUUGGCACAGAGGACCCAUCCCAGGGACUCUGCAGGGAUGGCACCAGUGGGGGCACCCGUGGGAGACCCCAGCACUUCCCCAGGGACUGCCUCAUCCACAGCCAUGGGUACAAGUCACAGGGAAAAUCUCAGGAGUCUGGGCAGGGCAGGAGGCCACAGGGUUGCCAUGCUGCUCUGUGCUUCAUUUUCCCUCUGGCACCCACGCUGAAGCCACCCCCAGGCAGGAAAGUGACCCUGCGGCCAGCAGAAGAGGAGGAGGAGGAGGAGGAGAAGGAGGAGGAGAAGGAGGAGGAGGAGGAGAAGGAGGAGUGUGCUCCUUCUCGGGCACACAAAGCCCCUUUCAUUGGGGCUGAGUUUGGAUUUCCUCUGCCAGCCCAGCACCUCGCUCCCUCCUGCCCUGCCAGCAAGGCUGUGGUUGGAGUGGGAAGCUGGCGGGUGGGACACCUGGGGGGACACACGGACCUUCAGGUGGCUUCAUCCCUCACCCUGACCAUCCCCAUGAUUUUCGCCUCCUGUCAGCUUUUAAUUAUACCCCUAAUAAAAGUCGUUUUGCAGGGGAACAGGAGCUUUGUUGCUCAGGAGCUCAUCUGCUCCUGCUGCUCCUUUCCUGCUUUAAGCUGUAAUCCUCAGCUGGGGACACUGCAAUUAGCCACCGUGGAGCUGGGCACCGUGUCACCGAGGAUUAGGGCUCCCUUCGGUGGGAGCUGGGGGACCCAGCCCUGGUGUGGGCCGGUGGCUCUUUGCAGGACAGGGUGUCCCCACUACAGCCCCCAAAAGAGGGCCACAGGCUCAAGAGCCCCCCGAGCCAGGCAUCCUCCAGCUGACCUCCUCUGGGCACCCACUGCCCUGCACCCUGCACGGCACCAGUGCCACUGGGUUUUCUGGGGUGCAUGGGACCCGCACGGCCCCUCUGCCAAACCCCCUGCAGCCCCCCGUGCAGACAGACCCGAGCAGGUCACCCUGCCAGGGGUCGCGUGGCUUUGCAGAGUGUGACUCUGGGGACAGCAACGGGGCUGGGAAGACCAACAGGAGCCUCAACCCACGCCUCUGCACGUCUGUGAACACCGCUGCCCACCCCAGGGCCCUGUGUCCCCGAGCGGGGGUGAAGGGGGAAACUGAGGCACCAGGUGCCCACGACACACACACUGAAGCUGGAGACAGCUUCAGAGACACUGGUGACUGGAGUGACACUGGUGACUGGUGUGACACUGGUGACUGGAGUGACACUGGCGCGGUUUCGGUGACACGGGACCCUCAUGCACGGUGCAAAGGCCUCAUCUGCAGCACGGCAAAGGGGUGCUGGACCCCUCGAAGCCCCCGCGAGGAGCCCACGCGUGGCUCCGGGUGCCUGUCGCCAAUCAGCCUCUUGCCGGGGCUGCAAGGGGAGCCCGGCGCUCGUUAGCAGCCGCUCAUUAAGAGCCCUCCGGGAGGAUGAAGGAACCGGGGGCACCUGCACCUCCGUUUAAUGAGCUGCAGCACCGUUACACGUUGCAGGGGACCUCGGGCACGGUGGGGGUGCUGGCGCGGGGGCUGCCCCCACCCCGACCCCCACCCAAAGCAGGGUGCGGGUCCCUGUGCCCUGUCCCCUCGCCAUGGGAAGGGAGGAACGUGGCGAGUUGAGUCACGGUGACAACUGCAACGGCAGUGGCAGCUGCUGCCAGGGACACCCCGAGGUCCCCAGCAGCGCCCGGGGACACCCUGGGGACUCAUCCCCCCUCCAAGCCAGCACCCACGGGCGCUGCACAGAGAGGGUGACCGCGACAGAGCGGGACAGCAGCGCCGGGGCACGACAGGACCUCUGGAACCUCAGGGUGGGCACCUUCCCACUCUGGGUGCCCCUGGACUGAAAAGGGGACUGACAUCCUGCCCCCAAGGGCCUCACCCAGCCCCCAGAGCUCCCAGUCCGGCCAGCGAACCACAGCCUCACGCAGCGCUGGGAGGGGACCACGGGGGGGAACCUGCCGGGGCACCCCACGCGGGCGCGAUGCGUCCCCACGCCAGCAGCCAGCCCCGCAGCACGGCCGGGUCCCCUCGCUCGCAGCACCCGCGUGGGGCUGUCCCUCGUUAAUGUUUAC